AUGCGCUCUCAUCUGGCUCUCGCAGGUCUAGGCCUGGCUUUGCUGGCAUCUGCCAAGAACUGGUCAAUCAUCGAGAUUAAUGAUGGCCAAUGGAGCGACGUGCUUGAGAGAGACGUCUGCGUCAUCGGCGGAGGAGCCAGUGGCGUACACGCUGCCGUCUCCCUCGUCGAUGCUAACAAGACAGUCGUCGUCGUGGAGCGUAACAACCGCUUGGGCGGCCAUACGCACACCUACACGGAUCCCGAGACGGGCGCCCUCGUCGACAUUGGUGUUGUCGUCUACCAGCCCAAGCCCGUCGUGACCGACUUCUUUGGCAAGUUUGGCGUCCCGCUGCUCAACAUGUCGUCGGUGCCGUGGAACGUGCCCGGCCAGCCCGCCAACAAGUCGCAGCCGGCCGCCAUGUAUAACACCAUCCGCAGAGACACCGACUUCCGCGACGGGUCCGAAGUCGUCCGCGAGCAGCAGCCUGACGUUGUCGAGGCCCUCGCGCGGUUUAGGCAGGUCGUGUCGCAGUACGACUACGUCCUCCACGGCUAUGACCUCCCUGACCCCGUCCCAGAGGACCUCUACACGCCGUUUGGCGCCUUUGUCGACAAGUACAACUUGACCGCCGCCUUCUCUACCAUCUACCAGGUCGGCCAGGGCAUGGGCGACAUGCUCCACGUCCCGACAAUUUAUGUCAUCAAGUAUUUCAACGCCGGCGAUGAGCAGGCUCUGUACGAGGGCUACCUCACCCACGUCCACGGGAACAACUCGGAGAUCUACUACAAGGCUGGCGAGUACAUCAAGCCGUCCAACGUCCUGCUCGAAUCCAGUGUUAUCUCGGUCAACCGCAAGAACACCACCUCUGGACGCGCGGAGAUCCUCGUCUCCUCCAGAGACACAGGCCUGAAGCUCCUCCAGUGUAGUCAAGUCGUGCUGGCCAUCCCGCCUCACCUGUCCAACCUCCGCGGAUGGGACCUGACCCCGGAGGAGCACGCCGUCUUCUCCGAGUACAUCACGUCCAACGGCUACUGGACGGGCCUGGUCAAGAAUGUGGGCAUGAACCAGACCGUCAGCCAUUACAACGCGGCCGCCACCUCGCCGUACAACAUCCCAGUGCUACCUGCCCUCUACGCCCUCGCCCCCGUUGGGACGAUCGAGGACGCGUGGUGGAUCAAGUUCAGCGCCAACAACCCGACGCUCACGGACGCGCAGGUCCAGUCGUAUGUGGCCCGCCAGAUAAACACCCUGCAGAAAUCCGUCGGUGUCCCAGUGACGGAACCCGAAUGGCUUAUUUUCCAAUCGCACAACCCGUUCCAUCUGCAGGUGGCGCCCGAAGCUAUCAAGGACGGGUUCUACAAGAAGUUGAACGCUCUCCAGGGCGGCCUUGGGGGCAAGAUGUUUUACACCGGCGCCGCCUUCCACACGCAUUACAGCACGUUGCUAUGGCGUUUCAACAAGGAGGUUCUGCUUCCUAAAAUACUCGGUGGUUCGGCAAGGAGAUGA